GAAGCGGAAGUGCGCGCCGGGGCCAUCAAGGCCGGUCCGCCCAAGCGCGGGACCAUGAAGCGCGGCGCAGCGAAGCGCGGCGCCCCGAGGCGCGGUAGGCGCGCGCCGCCGUCCGCCGGUGCCUCUGCCCCGCGGUGCGACCCUCACUGCCUCGACACGUUCGCUGCGGAAGCGGAGGCCGCGCUGAGAGCUUGUUUGCAGGGAGAGCGGGGCGCCGAGGGGUGCGCCGCGGAGGCGGAGAUUCCGUGUCCUCUUGCCAUGUGGGAGCUCGGGCACUGCGAUCCUAAGAAAUGCACGGGGAGGAAGCUGGCCCGAAAAGGGUUGCUCCGAAACCUGCGCCUCAAUCAGAGGUUCCCGGGCGUCGUUCUCAGCCCUCUGGCCGCUGUCUGCGUCUCUCCCGCCGACAGGCAUAUCGUUGCUCAGAAUGGAAUUGCAGUUAUAGAUUGCUCAUGGGCUAAAUUAGAAGAAACUCCCUUUAAGAAAAUGAGAGGAGGUCACCUACGGCUGCUGCCUUACUUGGUGGCUGCAAAUCCUGUAAACUACGGCCGGCCGUGCAAGCUGUCCUGCGUGGAAGCUUUUGCUGCAGCUUUUUGCAUUGUUGGAUUCCCAGACCUGGCCACCAUUCUUCUAAGGAAAUUUAAAUGGGGGAAGACGUUUAUUGAGCUGAACAAAAAUCUCUUGGAAAAAUACGCAGCUUGUCAGUGCCAUGAAGAAGUGCUGGGCAUUGAAAAGGACUUUCUAGCUAGCGCCGAAGAAAUAAAAGAAGAAGAAAUAGAUCCAUUUGAUGUUGACUCAGGAAAAGAAUUUUCUAAUCCCAAUAGGCCAAUCAUUUCUCCAAGAAUAGCACAAAGUAAUGAAGAAUCGGAGGAGGACAGCGUGAGCACUCCAGAUGAUACAGAUGAUACCAGUGAGAGCAGUAACGAGAACAGUCCAGAAGAAGAUGAUCCUGGGAAGCUUUUGCAAGAACAGCCAACGAUAAAUCAACUAUCUGAAAAGUAAAAACAAACAGUAAAUAAAGAAAACCACACCAUAAACACUGACAACCUAAAGGAGUUCUGUAAUAUCUUGUACAAAUAAAUUUUCUUGUUAACAAUGCA